CAGAAAAUGGCGUGACCUUACAGUCUCGGAGGAGUGCCGGAGAUCCCAUGGAGUUCGUCGACGAGGGCCGCCCCCGCUUCCUCUUCCAAGCGCGCGCGAACCCUCCUCCUCCUCCUCCUCCUCCUCCGUCGUCGUCGUCUUCCUCUUCCUCUCCUUCCGCCGCCGGUCAAUGGCGGCUGCCGAACAAGCCCUUCCUCGUCGCCACCACCGCGCUCUCCGCCGUCCUCAUCUCCCUCGCGCUCCUCUACGUCCCCUCCGAGCCCUCCCGGUCCCUCCUCCUCUGGCUCUCCCUCUCGCUCCUCGUCGGCCCCUUCGCCCCGUCCUCCCUCACUGGCGGCUCCGUCCGCGUCGGCCACGGCCCGGUCGUCGAGUUCCCGGAUCCGCAGCAGCCCCCGGCCGGGGAGGAUGCGAAGAAGAAGCCGUCUCAGAAGCGGCCGAAAGGGCAGCCUCCAGGUAAUAAUGCUGUGGUUUCACCGCCAAUUGCUGAAAUUGAUGAUCGAUUGGGGAAGAAAAGCGAGGGAAAUGGGGUAGCGAUUCAGGGGAAGAGUGAUCUAGGGUUUCGGGAGAAGGAGAAGGGGAAGGGGAAGGAGAAGGAGAAUGAUUGGAGUGAGGAUGAGAUCGAGCUCUUGAGGAAGCAGCUGGUAAAGCAUCCGGCGGGGAAGCCGAGGCGGUGGGAGAUCAUCGCGGAGGCCUUCAAUGGGGCUCACGGGGUGGAGAGCGUGAUCAAGAAAGCCAAGGAAUUGGCCGAUAAGAAGUCGAGCGACAAGGACUCAUAUGCGCAGUUCUUGAAGAACAGGAAGCCUCUGGACGAGAGGCUAAAUGAGGAGGCGGACGGUAACGGCGGUGGCGAGGUCAGGAGAGAGAGUGAAUGGAGCAGCGGGGAAGACAUUGCGCUGCUCAAUGCAUUGAAGGCGUUUCCGAAGGAUGCGCCGAUGAGGUGGGAGAAGAUCGCGGCUGCCGUCCCAGGGAAGACGAAGGUGGAUUGUGUCAAGAGGGUCUCGGAGUUGAAGAAGGAUUUCCGGAGUUCUAAAGCUGCCAAAGAGGGACAGAUGGAAGAAUGAGGAUCGAUUCGCACGGCAUGGCAUGAACAUUCACAUGAUGUCGUUGUAAGCUGCAGACUUCAGAGUUGGGCUUGUUUCUUUCCCUUGUAGCUCCAGCAUAAAGGAGCUAGCUCCACUUCACUAUGUUUCUCUCAUUAAAUUUGGUCUCUUCUUUCUAUUGUUAGGCAGUGAACUCCUCCAAUUCGGUCAUUUUCACUGUUCUUCUUCCUUUUAUAAUCCCUCUGCAUGAGCAUCUAGUGCUCGAACCAGGGCACAUUUGCAUCUAGUUAGACCAUCCUCAGAAACCCUUGAGCUGAAGAAUGGUCUUUGUAGCUAUAUGACACUGCUGAUGUUGAUGCUGCUCUCGUUUCGGUGCCAUUCUCCUCCUAAUUUUGGGUGCUGUCUGCUUUUAUCUUUCCCUUACAAGGCAAACAUUUAGGGGGUUCUGGUCCUAAAGACUUGCCUUCUUAUAGGAACGCCUGCUGUUGAGAGUGCAUUGACUUCUCUUGACUAGCAGAUGUGCCGAAAAUUGGUAAAUCAACCUGAGUUUUUAUGCAUCCACUCCUCGUAAUGACAGUGAUGUAAUUCGUA